AUGGAUAUCCGCGCCCGCCUUCCCGUCUCCCUCCCUCACCCAAAUCACACCACCAGCUACUGGCAAUCCCCACUCGAUGGCUCUCUCGCCGAUUUCCUCAGCGCCGAAACUGUCCCAGGUGACAUAGUAGAUACAGUGGUUAUAGGAAGUGGGAUUACAGGCGCAGGGGUAGCGUGGAAUUUGCUCCAGCAAGAGAAGAAGAGGGAAGGGGGCGUUGUUAUGCUUGAAGCACGCCAGACUUGUUCUAGUGCUACGGGUCGAAAUGGCGGCCACACAAAAGCAGCAUCAUACCGCACCUUUCCCUCGCACGCGCAAACUCUCGGUCUUCCCUUGGCGGUCAAAAUCGCCCGCUUUGAGUAUGCCAAUAUCCAGGCCCUCCAUACCUUCGCCGCGGAACAUAACAUCGAAUGUGAGGCCCGGAGUUGCGAUACAGUGGAUGUUAUAUAUGAUCAGAAGCAAUGGGAGGAGUGUGUCAAUGCUGUAGAGAUGAUACGAAGGGGGUUCGUGGAACCUGGAGAUGAGAAGGGGGUUGGCAGAUAUACACUAUGGAGCGCCGAGGAAGCGAAAACGGCGUUCUUAGUAGGAGGUAUCGGUAUGGAUGGCGAGUCUGUGAAAGGUGCGGUGAGUUAUGAGGCAGGGAGUAUACAUGCUUCUAAGUUUGUGUAUGGGGUGCUCAAGCUAUGUUUAGGGGAUGGGAGCAUGAGGUUGUUUACGAACACGCCUGCCACCAAGAUCGAGAAAGCUGCCGAUAAUGCCUGCUGGGCUGUGCAUACCCCGAGAGGGAUUAUCAGAGCGAGGAGAGUUGUGCUAGCUACUAACGCCUAUACCAGUUUUCUAUGCGACAAAUUCCAUGGAUCUAUCGUACCACUAAGGGGUCAAGUCACUGCUCAGAGACCAGGGAGCAAUAUGCCCCCUUCUGGUCUGCAAAAUACUUACUCCUUUAUUUACAAUGGCGGGUACGAAUAUAUGACACCUCGCCCUGGCUCUAUCCCUGAUAUCAUCAUCGGCGGCGGCUUAGCCAAGUCCACCGAUCAAGGACUCGGCGAAUAUGGAACCACAGAUGAUUCAUCCUUAAACUCCUCUAUCAGCGUGUAUCUUGGUGGAGCUGCCAAAACUUACUUUGGUGAUGAGACUUGGGGCAAGGAUGAUGAGCAAGGGAGGGUGAAGCAAGAGUGGACGGGGAUUAUGGGGUAUACUCCUGAUGGGUUUCCGUUUGUGGGCGAGGUCCCCGAUAUAGAGGGUAUGUGGAUUGCGGCGGCGUUUCAGGGGCAUGGGAUGGUGUUGGCUUGGGAGUCUGCGAGGGCUCUGGUGGGGUUGAUGGGUAGAGAGGAUGUGAGUAACUGGUUUCCUAGCCCAUUCAUAGUCACAGAAGAGAGGAUUGGGAGGAGGUUCGAGGGACGAAGGAGUUAG